AUGUCACCAAGAGGCACUACCAGCUUCCUGGCCGAACGAAACAACGGUCUAGGAACAGUUGCAAAAAUGCAACAGAGAAGCUUUGAACGCGAAAAAAAGGAGAAUAAAUUAAAUCGAUACGAAAGACGUAUCAAAGAGAAUGUUCCCAAGAAGAGC